AUGGCUUCAUCAAUCUUGGCCAAUGUAAAGGAGGAGGUGACCUGCCCCAUCUGUCUGGAGCUCAUGAUUGAACCCAUGAGCAUAGACUGUGGACACAGCUUCUGCCAAGCCUGUAUCACAUCAAGCUAUAAAUCCACUAUAGGCCCAAGAGGACCUGUGUGCCCCAUAUGUCGAUUCCCUUAUGCCUUUGAGAGCCUCCGGCAUAAUCGACAUGUGGCCAACAUAGUGCAGAAUCUCAGGGAGGUCAAGUUGAACUCACAGGAGCAGACUGUGCAUCACUGCACACAGCAUGGUGAGAAACUCCAGCUCUUCUGUAAGGACGAUAGGAAGGUGAUUUGCUGGCUUUGUGAGCGAUCUCAGCAGCAUCAUGGACACCGUACAUGCCUCUUGGAGGAGGUUGCCCAGGAGUACCAGGGCAAGUUCUGGGCAGCUCUGAACAAGCUAAGGAAGAACAAGGAAGAAUCUGAGAAGUGGAAAGCUGAACUCCAACAAGAGGAAAUGUCUUGGAAGACUCAAAUACAGGGCAAGAUACAAAAUGUUCAGGCAGAUUUUAUACAACUGAGAGGCAUCCUGGACUCUGAGGAGGAGAAAGUACUGCAAAAGCUGAAAAAGGAAGAGGAAGAUGGUUUGAAAAGGUUUGCAGUGUCAGAAAACAAGCUGACCCGGCAGAGCAAUUGGGUGACCAAGCUCAUCUCAGAUGUGGAGCAUCUCUUAAAAGGGUCCACAAUGGAGAUGCUGCAGAAUGAGAAUACCAUCAUGAGAAGUUGUGAGCUAUUGACAAUGAAGAAACCAGUAACGUUCCCAAAGAAAAAACAGACUGUGUUCCCAGUAACUGGUCUGAGAGGAGUGCUGCACAUUUUUCCAGAGCUGACUGAUGUCCGCCAAUACUGGGUUCACGUGAUAAUGACUACAACGAAUGAUUCCAGAAUUGACAUUUCCCCGGAUCAGAAACAGAUAAGAUACCGGAGUUCUCCAGUCCCUCCCAAUACAUUUGCCUUCGGGGCUUCAUAUGAAUCUUUUUAUGAAAAUCCUUUUCUUGAUCCAGUUUUCGGUUAUCAACGAAGUUUUUCUCAACUUCAAGAACAUAAUUUACCUCUGCUAGGGGCCCUGGGUGCCCCUGUAAUCACAUCAGGGAAGCACUACUGGGAGGUAGAUGUGUCUAAGAAAACAUCCUGGCACCUGGGAUUAAGUGACGGAAGAUAUUUCACUAUUUAUAAGAAAGAAUUCCAGCCCCUAAGCAGACGUGGUGGAAGACGAUUCAAACCCAGUCUAAGGUGUAGUCAUACUGUUUAUGGAGUUCCUCAACCUAAAAUUGGUUACUGGAUUAUAGGGAUGGAGGAUAAAUCUGGGUAUAAAGUUUUUGGGGAGGAUCCUACCACCCAUUCUCCUUUGUCCUUGCCCCUGUCUUUGCCUGUCGCUCUUGAACGUGUUGGGGUUUUUGUAGACUACCAGGCUGGCUCAGUCUCAUUUUACAGCACUACAUACAAUGCAUUUCUCAUCUACAAGUUCACUAACUGUGCCUUUCCCCGUGAAGUCUAUCCAUAUUUUAAUCCUUUACAAUGUCCAGAACCCAUGAUUCUAUGCUGAUCCAGCUCUUAAGCCUUUUUACCCUCUUUGACACUUCUGCUCACUGUCCCUGGCCCUGGUGUGCGUUUCAUGCAUCUGAUCCUCUGUGCUCCUUGAAACAUCAUUUCCUCCUUAUUUGCGUCUUUCUGAUUCAAUGUUCUUUACUCAUAACUAGGAUGUACACCUUUCCUUGGGCCAUAUUCUUCCUGUUAAUGUGUUUGUUUGGAAGACAGUCCUCUGUCAUGGAGAGAAGAUGUAGAAUUGUUUCAACAAGGUGUCUGUGCUAUUAAAAGUUAAAGGAUUCCUUAGCUAAAGAAGUGAUCCUCUGGGGCUGGGAAGGUGGUUCAGUGGUAG